UUUUCAAAUCUAGAUAUCCAGAAGUUAAAUUGUUGGGAUUUGAGCGCAUUGAGUUUUUUUUUCGUUAAGGUCAAAAUUUGACAUAUAAAUUGGCUCGUCUAAUUGAACUGAAAAGCUUUCCAAUUAACUAAGAAGUUCAAUGUUGAUUCCAGAAAGUUCUGAUUUAUACUCCUACACCACUAAGGUAGUCAAUGCCACCGGCCCAAGGUUUAGAGGAUCAGUGGUUUUAGAGAAACCUUCAGAUAAUGCCGAAGAUUAUCAGUUGAAAAUUGCUUAUAGGAUAUACAAACGAAAGAACCCAAUUGAAUCAGGGAAAAAAGUAAAUUUAUUCUUGAUCCACGGAAAUGGAAUGACAAAGGCAAUUUGGCAUUACCAUGUUGAUAAAUUUUAUCAAAUGAUUCCCAAUUUAAACUGUGUAAUUGCUCCUGAUACGGUUAACCAUGGUCACUCAGCAGUGUUGAAUAAAGGUAAACUAGGUCAUGAGAUAAACUGGCUAGAUUACGCUAAAGAUGUUAUUAAAAUAACAAAAGUCGAUGAAAAAGUUGUUUUUUUACAACCAAAUGUAACUAACGUUGUUCUAGGUCAUUCUAUGGCUGGUCAAAUGGCGUUAAUAAUUGCAUAUUUGGAGCCAACUUUAUUCGACGCAGUUAUAAGUCUUAAUCCGGUUGCCCAUGUCGAUGAAAAAAGGUACAGACACCUUAACAUGGCAUUCAAUAUGUGGAAUAAAAGAAAAAUGGUUUAUAAUAAAUAUCCAGUCAAAGAUGGCGAAGAUUUUAAGGAUGCCAUUAUAAAAUGUUAUAAAAAGCAUGGUUUCUACAAAAAGUUUGAUGAUACUAUCUUGAAAAACAUGUUGGAAGAUGAUUUUGAUCCGAAUCAAAACCCACAAGAUGGUUAUAUCGAAUCGAUUACCGAACCUUUGCAAGAGUACUAUAUUUACUUUUCUGGAACCCCUACUAUUUUGAGAUCUUAUCCAAUUUACCAAAAGAUCACUACCCCGGUUUACCAUAUUGUCGGUGAUAAAGACCACGUAGGUGAGAAUGCCACCGAAGAGCUCAGAAAUGAGUUACGUAGAGUUGUUCACCCAGUCGAUAUUAAAGGUCAACAUUUAGUCCAUGCCGAACAGCCUGAUUAUUUCAUUGGAGUUAUCAAGAAUAUAAUGGAUGAGAUUAUUGAAGACUCAGAAAAGAAUGGGGAUAUAAGAUUUGAAGAUUUCGAUCAUUUGAAAACCUAUGGAAUAAACUACAAGACUGAUCUCCAAAAAAUUGCAAUGGAGAAUGGAUUGAGGUUGACACCAUUCUCAAAAUUAUAA